AAAAAUGAAAUGGCGAGGCCUUAAUUACUUUCCGAGAAACUUUCUAUCACGGGGAAGGCCCUCCUUUGUUCUUGAGUCUGGCUAUUUUGCCAACACAACUUCCUCCAAUACGCAGCUCAUACUCAGCUCUGCAAAAACUUUGACUAACCGUAAGUCCCUGCUGUUGGUAGUUCGAGUACCUGCAGCAGAAUGAGUUCGGAGAAGUUGCGCACGCCUUACGGCCCGCCGGUGUCUGAAAGAGUCUCCCGCCGUGAGCGCGCGGCCGGCCGGCUCGGGUCGGUCCUGGGAGUGGUUCGGUGUUCGCCUCCGCCGUGGUGCUGGCCGUGGUGUUUCACAACAUGGUGAAGAAAAUGAACAACAUGGAGCAAGAGAUGACCAACAUGAUGAUAGAGGUGGCGAACGUCAAAGGAUUCCAGGCGAGAGCUGAGCGAGACCAACAGGAGACCGUGACCCUGAGGGAGAGGGUUGCCGUGCUGGAAUCACAGAUUCAUGGCGGGAACUUCCCACCGAACCAGGCCGAACAACAGUCAACUAAUACCGGUUCUGUGCUGAACCCCCAGGCUGAUGACGUCAGUGUUGUUGACAGCGAGCUGCUGAGUAAGAACGACAGUGUGGGAGGGCUACUGCGCAGGCGCAAGAGAGACGCGCCGACCCCGAACUGGGUUCGACUUCCCAUUGGACCUUCAGGCUGUCAGUCCGGACGAGACGGACGAGACGGGAUACCUGGUGCUGCCGGUCUUCCCGGAACUGCUGGACAAAAAGGAGAGACGGGACCACCCGGACCGAAGGGGGAGCCAGGAACAGGAACAUCUAACGAGCAGGGACUCAAAGGCCAGAAAGGAGACAUGGGAUCCAUCGGUGGACAAGGUCCUGAAGGCCCGAAAGGCGAUAGAGGCUCCACCGGUCCUCAAGGGUUUAAAGGCAUGAAGGGAGCUAGGGGCUCCACUGGUCAGCAGGGCGCCAAAGGAGCCAGUGGCUCCACUGGUCUGCAGGGCGCUAAAGGAGACAGGGGCUCCACCGGUCAGCAGGGCGCUAAAGGAGACAGGGGCUUCACCGGUCUGCAGGGCGCUAAAGGCAUGAAGGGAGACAUGGGCUCUACCGGUCUCCAGGGCGCUAGAGGAGACAGAGGCUACACCGGUCUGCAGGGCGCUAGAGGGGCCAUGGGUCCUACCGGUCCGCAAGGCGCUAAAGGCCAGAAAGGGUACAGGGGAUACACGGGCUCCACCGGCCCUAAAGGACCAGGAGGCGCUGUUUACAUCCGCUGGGCCAAGAAGACUUGUCCCUCUGGAGCAACAACUGUCUACUCUGGUGUGGCAGGAGGUGCGUAUUGGAACCACCCAGGUAGCGGGACCAACUACCAGUGUCUGCCCACCAACCCACAGUGGAGGAGGUACCAAGAUGGAAUCCAAGGGUGGAAAGCUUUCAUAUACGGAUCAGAAUACGAGUUGAACACAAAUGUCCCGUUCGGCUCCACCUCUCUUCACAAUCACAACAUCCCGUGUGCAGUCUGCUACGUCCCAACCCGCGGCAGUAAGUUGAUGAUCCCCGCCCGUUACACCUGCCCCACUGCCUGGACCGAGGAGUACGAUGGGUACCUCAUGGCUGGAAAGUUCGACCACGCCGGUGCAAAACAGUACGUCUGUGUGGAUGAACAGCCCGACACCGUACAGGGUGGACACGCCAACCAGGCCGGUGCGCUGUUCUACUCCGUUGAAGCCCGUUGUGGGUCCCUGCCGUGUCCUGACUACGUGGAAGGGAGGGAGCUCACCUGUGUCGUCUGCACCAAGUGAAGUCUGUUGAUGAUGUACAGUCAAUAGCGGCCACCUUCGCAUAGCGACCACCUGGCCAUUGCGGUCACUUUUUGUCGGUCCCUUGAAAUUUUCCCAUUGAUCUAAGCAUUAAGAAAUAGUCUUUAGUGACCACUAAUACAGGUUUGACUGUACAUGGUUAGAGGGUAAAAGAAACUAUCUUGACCACCCCUAUAGAUGACGGUUAAACCGAAGUUCGUUUUGCUGUAUGUCAGUGUCCUCAGGCUCUAUGCUCAACAGCGUCACCAUGCGAUAUAUUCUUGUACUUCAUAGCUGAAACUUGAGGUCAGCAGUGCUGUCUUGCGACAAGUGCUAGAACAGCAGGUUACAUCUUGCCAGUAGGUGGAUUUUAGGAUAAGAUCCAAGAUCUUGUUACUAGUCAAAACGAUUGAAAAAUAUAGCAAAUGAUUAUCAAGGCUUUUCAUGAUGCACUGUUUUCACUAAAAUCUGACCUAACACUACUUUGUUUAAAAAAAACCCCACAAAAUCCCACCCAUAUCAAUUUAAACUGUCUGAGACUCCAAAAUAGGAAGUUGAUGGGAGGUGUACCCUAGUAUAAAAGGCACACUUAUCCGUACCAGCGACUAGUCCAAAUGACAGUUCUUUAACUCUACAAUGAGAAAACAGUGACUUGAUUGUUUUAAAUGUUUUUUUUAAAGUAAUGACAAGCAAAAUGGUAAUGUCCUAGAUCUAAUGUUUUUUUGGUUUUACCUUCUAAUUCUGCAGUUAGCAGCCAAACAGUUGGUCAAAUCGGCAGUGUAAAAUCCAUUCUACUUCAUCAGAAGACCAGACACUGAAGUGAUGUGCAGAUCUUUACAUAAACAUUUAUUUCAUGGUUGAGACAUCAAGUACAAAGUGCGCAUGACUAUACAGUGCCCGAUAACGCUCAUCAAGGCAGCGUCUAUGACCAGCUUUGACUGUUUUGUGCACUUUGCAAUACAUCUGAGAUCCACGCAAAAAUUCUCAAUCGUUCUGACAAUUUUUCCUUGGAAAAUCCAUCUGAAGAGGGCCUACCUCGGCCAUGGGCUUAACUUAUGUGGAAGUAUAAUGUCAUGAUGCUUUCUGACACAGGUUUCAAAAACCUGCUCUCUUGAUUCUCCUGCUUCCUACAGCAUGAUAGGCUUAAAUAUUCCACAUUUCAUUUCAUAUUUUCUGUGCACUGACACAAAGACUGCGACUACAAGCAGUGACAACUAGAAACAAAUCCGUCCCGUACAUACAGUAUAAAUAUGUGGAACAUGGUGGGAGUUGUCUAUAAAACUAAACUGUUAAAUCACUGUUCAUUUUUACAGCACGCAUCUGGUGAGUGAGGCAUAUCAAAGGUGCCCGGAUGGGAGUCGAACACUAGAAACGGUGUGGAAAGAAUAUUGCGGGGUACAAAAUUGUUAAAAUGCUGCACAA